UUUAUAUUUGGGGGGAAAACAGAGACAAAUACCCACUUCACUUUCUGUAACUGCAUUUAAACCCAUAUUUCACAUAGUAAAAUGUAAAAAUACAACAUAUACAGUCUAAAAUAUAACUGGUACAACGUGACAUGGCUGGUGAAUUGAUGUGAAUUGACAGCAACAUCUCGGCUACAACUCCUACUGCAGUCUCGCCCAGUCUGGCGGCUCUGACGACAUGUCUGCACCAUCUCCUCUAACGCUGGCUUCGGCACGGCUAUGCAUUUGUUUCCGCAAGCGAGUUUCGCUUCCUCAGUCGUCGCUGGCCGUAAAUCUACUGUGACCCGAGACGUAGAGACUGAGCGAAAGCUCCGGUCUCGUUUUCUUCCGCGGAUUUCUUCAGACCUUCUGAAGUCGUGUGGGAUGGCCAGCACUGAGCGGUCAGCGGUGGAUUAUAUCAGAAACGGCCGAGCCGCGCUAGUGAGGGGCCUUCGGAACCUGCAGCUGAUCGAGCGAACUCUGAGAGAGCGCGCACUUCUCCCAGGCUCGGAGAUAGACCUGAUCUUCAGCCACGACGCCGCCCCGGCGGACCAGGUCACACAGCUGCUGGAUGCCGCAGCCGAGAAAGGCGAGGAUGUGUGUUACGAGCUGCUGCGGGUCUUUGACGACACCAGGGACCAAACCUUCCCGAUGCCGGGCGGAGAACACCCCGAGCUUCACCAGUGGAUCAGCUGCUUCUCCUUCGGACACGACCCCCAGCACCAGAGCGACGACAUGGCGGAUUCAGGACCUUGUGCAAAAUAUCAGAAACAACUUAAAAUAAGAGCCAUGCAGAUUCUUCGUGAAAAGUGGAUGCAAAGCAUGACAUUUCUAAAAUACAAGGCAAAGGAGAAAAGUUUCAGGUAUAUACCACUUGUUCUGGACACCGAUGGAAGUGCAGUACAUCAUACUAAAACCAAAGUGUACAAGAAAACCAGAACGAAAAAGCUGAAGAAAAGCAUCCCUACAGACAAGAGGAAACUGUCACCUUAUCAGUUACUUACAAGCAACGAGAAGAAAAUCCUCCUUGUUGGAAAACCAGGCAUUGGGAAAACGACAGUGGUUCAGGAGAUGUUGAGAAUGUGGACAGAUGGAGAAGACAGUCAAGUGAGCUACAUGUUUUAUUUUGAUGAGCCAUUAAUGAAGCUUAUGUCAAAGUCUGCGGAAAAUGAAAGUUUGAGCUCCUUUCUUUUUAACAAGUAUCUCAUGCCUGUUGAGAGCCCUGACAUUGUUUGGAAAGACGUGGAAGACAAUUCUGAAAAUGUUGUAAUCAUUUUUGAUGGCUUCAUGGACAUUGUUAGUGACUCUGUAAUUGCGAGAAUAUUGAAGAAAGAGAUCUUAAAUGAUGCAAAGGUUUUGAUCACUUGCAGACCAGAAGCGGACGUUGCAGGUGAUCUGUCUGACUGGGCCUCUUUCAGAGUGGAGGUCCAGGGCUUCAGUGAGACCUCUAUUCGGGAGUACUUUAAGUUGAUGCUUGGAAUAAAUGAUGACACUAAUAUCAGUGUGUUGAACAACCUAGAGCUGUUCAGUCUGUGUCACGUCCCGAUGUACGCCUUCAUUGUUACUGCCUGCAUCUUGUUCAGUCCUUCGGAAGCAGAUAAUCAACCCUGCACCAUCACUGAAAUGUAUGUACGGAUCUUCCGUUAUUGCAUCGCCCUCCACCAUGAAAAUAUAGACAAUUUGGAUAAAUACAUCGAAGAGAAGAUGAAUAAUAUCAUGUUUUUGGCAUCAACGUCCUAUCAAGCAAUUCUUUCUAAAACAGUCAACUUGGCAGACAUCUGUCUAAAAGACACAGUGCAGCAUGCUUUUUUGACUCCAGUGACAUUUGACAGAACCUCUGUGUUCUGCCAAACGGCCUUUGUGUUUCUACACAACACAAUGCAGGAGUUUUGGGCAGCACUUUUUUUGCUCAUGACUCCUGAUAAGAUAGGACACAUCCUCAAACAAAGCCAGACAGAGGAGGGGAAAUACCUGAAAUACGUUAUCACAUUUCUUUGUGGACUCUUGUCUGAGAAAAUGGGAACAUAUUUGAAGUGCCUGGUCUCACAUGACCAGGUAAAAUCAAUCUCUGCCAAAUACUUUAAAGACAUCAUGAACAUGUUCCUCUAUUCAGUAGAAGAGGAUGAGCCAGAACCAUAUGUGGAGCCUGAGAAUAUCCUCUAUGUGUGUCAGUGUCUUUAUGAAUAUCAGGCACCCGAAGCAUGUUUGUUUAUUCUGAAAAAAAUAGACAACAGGGUAGACCUGAAUGAGCAGUCUCUGGACCCACAUCAGUGCUGUGCUGUCUCCUAUGUGAUAAGUCAAUCCACUGCUCAGACUGUCCAGCUUGACCUGACGAACUGUGCCAUCUCAGACCCUGGGGUAAAGCUGAUCCUUGGUUUGAUGACAAAUCUCAAGAGUCUCAGUUUAUCCUCUGGUCCAAUGCAAUGUCAGAUAUGGAGGGUGGCACUACAAGAAUCGAGUACUGAUUUUGACAACUUGCUGAGACUGUUUGGAUUUGAGAUGCAUCUUUCAGUCCAAGAACAGCAAAACAGCAAAAUGUUUCAAAACACAAAAGAUGUGUUGACUGCAAAAAGGCAAAACAAGGUCAAACUAUACUUGCACCUGGAUACACAGCAAUUCGCAGCAAAAUCACUUUUGGAAAACAUCUAUGGAAGCUUACACAACAUUGCAGACCUCAGGGUUAUCUCAACUGGAAGGUCCUCUGAAGUACUUUCAUUUCAGAUGGAUCUCUUCUUGCAAGGAGCCCUCUACGAAAUGGAAACAGGCCAAACAUGUGUUCCCCAGCUGCUGUCACUGAAUAGCCAUUUUUCCCUACAUUCCCCUUCUGAGCAAAGCAAUUUUAUAUGUACGCUGUACCUUCGUGCCAAACAGAUGGGAGUUUUGGCAGUGUUGCAGCCAGUGUUCCAAGCAUGGCCUUCUUAUUGGGUUGUAGACCUCGCAGAAAGGAAGACCUCUCUUUUUUUCCUUGUGGAGUUACUGAAAUUUCAUACUAAAAUUUCAAAGAUGAAAAAGCCAGUUGAAAUUUGGGGGUCAGCUGAAGAGCAUGAACUCAGGAUUUUUCUCCAGUGUCUACCCUAUGUAUCACAAGUGAGGUUCAGUGAUUACAUCCAUAACAAGGCAGAUGACACAAAGGCAGCUAUAAAGGUCCUUGUGGAUCUUUUCAUUUGUGCAUCAGAGAUUGACAAAGAUAACUACCUAAAAAUGCUGUCUUCAGUUUGCUCCUACUCAUCAUUUCCUUUUGCUGAUGACACAGGAGAGAACCAGAGUACCUUCUUGUUGGAGUUAUACUCCUAUGUUAUAGAGUAUGAGUCUCGGACAGGAAGAAGUGUCCUGUCUGCAUUACUGCCCAUUUACCAGUCUGCUCCUACUGUUUGGGUCAUAGACCUUUCAAAAAGUGUGACAUCUUUGCUUUAUCAAACCAUGCAACUCCAAGGGACAAAGAGACCAGUGGAGUUAAAAGGCUGGUCAACUGAUGAGACUGAACCAAGAAACAUGCUUACCUGUAUAGGUAACUUUCUGCAGUGCCUACCAUUGCUGUCCCAACUCAGAUUAGAGCUUCUGUCAGGUGAUGAAAACAAAUCUGUCAGAAAAACAGUCAUUGAUGUCAUUUUGGGACUUUUCAUUUCUGCUUCAGACAAAGGAGACGAUACACUAAAAAUACUGUACUCACUGUGCUCCUACUCAUCAUUUCCCUUUGCUGAUGACACAGGAGAGAUUCAGAGUAUCUUCUUGGUGGAAUUAUACUUUUUUGUGAAAGAGUAUGAGACUCAAACAGGAAGAAAUGUCCUGCCUGCAUUGCUGCCAAUUUACCAGUCUGCUCCUAGUGUCUGGGUAUUAGACCUUUCCAAAGGAGUCACUUCUUUUUUGUAUCAAACUAUGCAGCUCCAAGCAACAAAGAAACCAGUGGAGCUGAGAGGCUGGACAAAUAAUGAGAAGGAUCUGAAGUGCUUUCUACACUGCCUGAGCUUCGUGUCACAACUCAGAUUCAGUGAUUUGGGCCUCAUCUUAAAUGAUGACAUAAGCGGAGCAGUAAAACUUGUAGUGCAUCUUUUCAUUUCUGCAUCAGAAAGUGGAGCAGAGACCUUGAACAUCCUGUCUUCAGUUUGCUCCUACUCGACCUUUCCCUUUGCUGAUGACACAGGGGAGGUUCAGAGUACCUUCUUGUUGGAGUUAUACUCCUAUGUGAGAGAGUUUGAGUCUCAGACAGGAAGAUGUGUUCUUCCUGCAUUAAAGCCCAUUUAUCAGUCGGCUCCUGCUACAUGGGUCAUACAUCUUUCAAAAGGUGUGACACCUUUGCUGUGUGAAACAAUGCAAGUCCAGGCAAUGAAGAGACCAGUGGAGAUAAGGGGCUUGACAACUGAUGAAAGUGAACUGAGGACCAUUCUUCACUGUGUGCCUUACAUGCUGGAGCUCAAAUGCAGUGGCCGUUUUUUUCAGUCUGUGUGUGAGGUCCUCUCCACAGGCCAGAACUGGAACCCUGUAGAGGUCGCCACUCUACUAAGACCUCUAAACUUCACUGUGACAUUAAUGGAAAUGCUACCCAGGCGCAUUUGCAGUGCUGUAGGAAGAGUACUCAGCCAGGCUGAUCCCAAAGAACACCUCUGUCUGAGUCUAUUUCCACAAAGCAUCUCAUGGCAAGGAAUGAAUGCUCUAUUCUCGGCAAUAAGCAGGCUUCAAAAGCUAAGAAUGAAUGAAUAUGCAACACUGAAAAUUUCAAAGAUGGCAAAAGCGAUGAGUCAAAGAUCAGUAACCAUUGAGGAGAUCUCUUUGGUGUCAACCAUUCCAAAUCCCACUGAAAGAACAAUGUAUAAGCUGAUCAGCAAUUUGGCAUCAAUUAUGAGAGUUUGGACAGUAAGAAGCUUGGAUCUUACUAAAUUUCAUGUAGAGGGUCAUGUCCUCAUUUUGCUGUUGUGCUUGGAUGGAUCUGUCUCUGUCAGAUUGUCUGAUAGAAAUGUACAGCAAAUAGCUGAGAUUGUUUAUAAAACCCAGGAUGACCAUGUAACUCGGUUCUUUCUGGAAAAGAUUGGUGGAGACCUUAGCUCUUCCAGCUUGCCCUGGAACAUUUUACACUAUCUGCUCCAAAAGGCCAAUUUGCCUUUGAUGGUUGACCCUAAGAAAAACAGAUUUGGCACUCUGAACAUUCAGCAUCUUCUUCCACUUCUGCAAAGUAUUUGUUUCAAUGGAACCGACUCCCAGUUUGUGAGGAAUGCUCUAAACGAGAUCUAUGCAAGCCAUGCUGGACACUUGGUGACAAAUUUAGUUAGGAGUUCAGAUAACUGGAUCAACCUGAGCGAGCAAGAGCUGGAAAGUUAUGACUGUGCUGCUCUGCGCUUUGCACUCCAUUACAGUGAUGAUGUGAAGCUCAACCUCUUAGGAACAGUUAUUCCAAAGGAAGAAGCUGAAAACAUCCUCCAACUUCUGCACAGAGUGUCUGAGCUCAGAGUUGACAGACAUUUGCUGUUGAAUCUUCUCGAUGCCUGUUCUCGUUCCCGGGAGCAGAAGAAGGUUACCACAAGUCUCUUGAUGGCUCUGCAUAACAAACUGGAUUUCUCUCAGUCUUCGACAGCCAAUCUAUUUGGGCAGGAAAGCAGGAAAACACUGAGCCUUAGUGAUGUGGACUGUCGUUCCAUCUCAACAGCCAUUCAGUUAUCAGCUUGUGAUACAGAGUUGAUUAUGUUUGAUUGUGAGGCCAGUGACGGUACAUUGCUUGAACUGUUUCCAGCUUUACGUCACAUACAUCUCAGCCUUGACAAACCCGAACUCCUUCGGCUCAUGUUGCUGACUCAGUAUGUUGGGGAAGCAAGAGCUCUCGCCAGAUCCCUGGGAAAAGAAAUAGAUCUCAGUCACACCACUUUGAACUCUUGUGCCUGCGAGGUAUUAGGGUUGGUCUUGGAGCAUUCUGAACACCUUAGUCACCUCAACCUCAGUCACUGCAAACUCACUGAUUCAUGCUUGAACUUGUUGCUCCCACAUCUUCACAAAGUGCAGGAACUGGAUCUAAGCAACAAUGACAUCACUGACACAGGGGCACAGAAACUACAGAAGUUCUUAGUCAGGACGCAGACUGUGCACAUUUUCAACAACCACAUCACAGAUAUGAGUUUUUUUAUGAACAACCAGUACAAUCCAGUUGUCUCCAUAGAAAUUGACCACAACUGGCCUACAGAAAAAGGAGAUCAUUCAAAGUUUCUGGUUACAGAUGAUCCUGUAUUUAUGAUGAAACAAACAAUUGGGAUCUUGACUAAGAAAAUAACUACUGUAACCGUUUUUGACCCUGAGAUAUCUGUUCAUGAUGAUGUAAUAGUCUACAGAUUUGAAUGCGAAAUGGGGGGAGAGUUCCAGUGCAGAGCAACAGAACUUGUAUUUGGCAUGAAGGAUAGAGGAUGUGUAGAGUACAGAGUGAUUCACUGGGACAUUGGCUGUUUUUCAAACAACAACUAUGAACCUGCUGGACCCCUGUAUGAUAUAAAAACUACUAUAGGGGAAAUCUACCUACUCCAUCUCCCACACUGUGAAGCAGAGGCUGAUGCAUUAGGAGAUAUUUCUGUGGCUCAUAUGCAUGAUGGUGUUACGGAGAUCCUGACCCCAGUACAGAUAACAUCCAGUCAUGUAACUGUUCGCAUCAGUGGUCUUUCUAGUUUUCUGGUAGUUCGCAGAAGAGGAUGUAUGACCCGUUUUGUCCGGGGCCAAGUUCUGCUUUUCCUUGACCAGAUAAACAGAGUUGAGCAGAGACUCUGGGUGUUCCUUCUGGCCCGAAAUGUCUCAGCUACUGAGAUAAAGAAGGAGCAUCAAGAGUUCACACCCAUCAAAACCAGUUCAGACUGUAUUCUGAGACAAAAGGGAAAGUAUUGCUUGAGUUCCAGUCUCAAGAAAUAUAAGGUUCAGCCCAAGACCUAUGUUUUCCAUAAUACAAGGGAUCCAGACCAUCACUCUGCAUUUGAGCUCUUCUUUGGCAGUGAAGUGUCUGAACUCCGAGUGAGGAUUCAUGAGAAACGGAGCCCUAAAAGAGAAACAACCAAGUGGAACCGCCGAGUGAUUCUCAAAUGUAACGAUAAUCGUGCAUAUAAAAUCAAAACUGAGGGUGGAACCAAUGGAAAAGGAAAUUGCUUGCUAACAGAGAAGAAAUGGAGGUCAUCUUUAUCUGAUUUGCUUGAUGAGCUACAUGAAGAUGAACUGAAGAAAAUGAAGGCUUAUAUGAGGGAUUACACAGAUUUUGCUCCCAUACCUAAAGGUAAACUGGAGAAAAAGGAGAGACAUGAACUUGUGGAUCUGAUCGUAGAAACAUGGGGCUUCCAGACAUCCGUCCAGGCUGUUGCGUACAUUAUGAGGAAGCUACCUCGCAAUGACUAUGCUGUGACCUCAAUACUGAAGCCUUACCAGAUACAGUUUGGCUUGAUCACAGAGCAAGAAAACACAGACUUCUGACAAGCAACUCAGAAACAAGUCAAAAGUCAAGAAUGGGUUUAUAAUUUGUAUUUAUUGUAAAACACUGUAAAAUAGAUUUUUUCAGGACAACAGACAAAGCAAAAAAGGCACGGAGUACUGCACCUCAAAGCUGUGUGUAAAUGAAAUACCACAGACCAGAUCAAUGUCAUUUUUUCAGGUGCCUAAAACUUUAAGAAGGGAAUGACUUUCUAUAUAAUAUUUAUUAGCAGUUUUGAUUAGAAAUUGAAUAAGUUAAGGGUGGUCUCUGACUUUUGCACAGUACUGUACAGUUACUCAUAAAUACCUUGACUAGAAACACAAUAAUAUAAACUACAGAAUGACUGGUGAAGUGACACACACAUCUGUGCCCCCUGCCUGAUUAGCAUUGUCUAUAUUCAUUGCUGGAAAAUAACAUUAACUCUGUAUUUAAGUACUUUUUUUUCCAUGUGAUAAUACUUUGUGAAGUAGAUUUAAACCACAGUAGUUUAGUUCAUUUUAAUUAAGCACUUUUAUUUCACUACUAAUUUUUAAUAAUGUUACGAAAUAGAUAUAAACUACGAAAGUAACAUCUCAUGAAACAAAUAGAAAAAUGUCUGGUUAAAUGUAGAAGAUUCAAUUCUGAAAGCCAAGCAAAACAGAGAAGCUCCUAAAGGGCCCUGGUGAGUUCGGACUCUGCCUAAAUAAUUCUAGCUGUACUAUAUUCUUCUAACAUUGUUGUUGUAAAAUAAAACAUCAGCUAUUUAUUAACAUUAAAA